AUGAAUUCAGAAAAAGCUAAUGUUAAACGAGUUUUGAUCACCGGAGCUACAUCUGGGAUUGGAUUCUCGGCUACGAUUCAACUCUGCGAGCUCGGUCAUACUGUGGUAUUCACAGCUCGGAAUGAAGAGAAAGGCGAGAAAACGCUUAAAGCUGUGAAAAGUCUUUUGCCUUGCGCCAACGUUUCUUAUUGUGUGUUGGACUUGGACAGUUUCGAGUCGGUCGAACAGGCAACGGUGGAAUUGGUGAAACUUCAUGAAUUUAGCCCGUUCGACGUGAUGAUUCUGAAUGCGGCGGUGAUGCUUCCACCCGAAUCACAAACGAUUUACGGCCUGGAUUCGACCUUUCAGGUCAACUUCCUCACUCAUUACUUCUUGGCGCUGAAGUUGGUGAAAGCCAAGCCAGAAGGACAUCAUUUGCAUAUCGUUUGUCUCUCAUCUGUUCUACUCAAACUCUUUGAUGGUUUCCCUUGGAGAAUCCCGAAAAAUGAAAUGAAAUUCGAGAGACUCUUCUCGCCAAAAGAAAAGUCAGGAUGGAAAUCGUACGCCUUAUCGAAAUUCGCUCUAGCCGCUUUCUCUGAGACUCUGAAUUUGGAAGAAAAUGUCUCGGCAGUAGCCGUUAACCCGGGCAAUUCAAUGACAUCAGUGAGUCGGCAUAUGAGUUUGAAAAGGAAAAGACUCUUCAAAAUCUUCAAGAGUUCACUCAUUCCUGUGGAAGACGCAGCCCGGAAUGUUAUCCGUGCAGCUCUUCAGACAAUCCCAUCCGGUCAUUAUUUGGACAAAGAAAAGAUCGUAGCUCUUCCCCGUCCUGUCACUGAUCAUCAAUCACAAAAACAUUUAAUCAAUAUGAGUGAAAAGAUUUUGGAUAGAAUCAUUUCCUCGCGUAUCUCUGAGAAAUCGGCUACUCUG